AAGUAAAUUUCUGUUUGUGGUAAACAAACUAAAUUAUGUAUAUAUGUGUGCAUGUGAAAAGUUUUUGAUUUUUACAAAAAACUUAAAUUUUGAAGGAGGAAUUCGUGGGUAUAAAUUUAGUAGAAUUUUGCACUUUUAAUUGUGCAGAUGACCGUUACUUGAUAUUAGGAAUAACAUUUUUUCGUGCUAAAUAGUUUUCAAUACAAGAAAAAAAAAUGUUUAAUACAAAAAAAUUUUUAAUAAUUGGUGUUAUAUUGAUGUUUGAGAAAGCUUUCGCAAGCAGAAUUUCACGCCAAAUUCAAACAGCACACAAUUUUUCACAGUUUGGUUUAGUUAUUGGAGUCGACCAAAUAGUUCGGCCUAAAAAUUCUAAUAGUUCUACACCAACACCAACAUCACUCCCUCCAUUGCUUCCAACGACCGCCUCACCUAAAUAUCUGGCUUGUAUGGAAAAUUGUCGCUCUACACAAGAAUAUAAUCCGGUUUGUGGUACAGACAUGAUCAAUUAUCAUAAUGAAGCAAGACUUGGUUGCGCACAACGUUGUGGCAAAGAUGUACAAAGAGUUCGUUUGGGAACGUGCUUACCUUUAUAAUUAACUAGGCAAGAAAUGCUCAUAAGCCAUACAUAUAUAUGAAUAUGUAGUUCAGAGCAAAUUGAAUUCAUUAUUCUUUUACAUUUUAAAAAUUUCGUAUGUUUCAUUGUACGUACAAAUACGUAAUAUUGUUUGUUUUUCUAACAUGUAAAUUAAAAAUUUUAGUAGUUGAAGAAGUAUUUAUCGAAAGACUUAAUAUAUGACAAAUGAGUGAUAAUGAAUACGAAGUGAUCUCGAAAUCAUAAACUGAAUUAAAAAUCGUACCCUCCAAAUAUAAGAAGUGCUAAACUUAUUAAACAAAAAACAAGUGACUCGAUAAAAUUUUAAGUAUUCCAUUGAAAUAUAAAAAAAUUUACCAUUGAACAAUUUAGAACCGAUGCUAUUAUCUUUUGUAAUGGUUAAUUCCUCCGAAUUUCUGUAUGUAUAAUAUUUAUUAAGUCAAGUGUUAAAGAUAAUUUUAGCGAGAUUUUGGUUUGACAGUUCAUCUUUCGGUCUUUUGGCGAAUUUGUGCAUUAUACCGAUUUCACUAAAAAUUCUUAUCUGAACUUACUUUCGGGCUGUGAUAAAUUUAUCUUAAACAUACUCCAUGUUCUUGGAAAAUGGACUUGUAUUCUGAUUCAAUAGGUUCAUUAAGUGGAAAUAAAAUUAAAAAAAAAAGUUGGCUACCUGAUAAAAAAUAAAAAUCUAUUUUGUAACGAUAACAGACAUUUUCUAUUUAAAAUUUUUAUAAAUAAUAUUAAAAGCAUACAUAAAAUGAUGUCAUAGCAUAGAUUGAAAGGAACCACAAUAUUCGAUAUCACUUCACGUGCUUAUUUAUGUAUUCAAGUAACAGCAAAAAAUGUAAAAAUAAAUUUUUGGUGAUGACUUUUGGUUUGUUUGGAGUACAUGUGGAAUUGGCGGAUUUUUAUA